AUGGGUAGUUUGACCUAUGACCGUCUGGACCGCUUUAUAACUGAUCGUCUUAGACCUGUACGGUCGUCUCUCAUUAGACCGGCCGUCCGUACAAAAAAAGGAAAUGGGGUAUAUAACGCUGUAUAUCAUCUUUGUAUUAGAUGCUUUCAUCCUUCUUCUCUUUCGCAGCUUCGCUUCCAUCUCAUAUCAGAACCAUUAAGGAUCAUCGGUCUUAAUCAUAGCACGAAUCUCCUUCUUUCACAUCUAAUUUGGGAAGAGGGACAAAUGCGAAGAAAAAUGACCUCUAGAGUCGACUAUCUAACUGAUCUUCCUCAAAGUAUCAUUGAAACCAUUCUCACAAAGAUGCCAUUAAGAGAUGCUGUAAGAACAAGUAUAUUAUCUUCUAAAUGGAGAUACAAAUGGGCUACACUUACACACCUUGUGUUCAAUGAUAAAUGUGCAUCCGGGACCCGAGAUAGAUCACUUGCAAAGUUUAUAAGUCGAUUUCUUCUACUUCACCAUGGUCCUAUCAAUCGAUUUGUUCUAUCUACAGCUUAUUUACAAAGCUCCCCUGAUUUAGAUCAAUGGCUGCUUUUCUUAUCAAGAAAAGAUGUUAAAGAAUUGGUUCUUGAAUUAGGUGGCGAGUGGUUUAAAGCACCUUCUUGUCUUUUUUCAUGUCAAAAGUUGGUUAAUUUGGAGCUUUUUAGAUGGGCUUUAAACCCGCCAUUAUCUUUUAAAGGGUUCCCAUAUUUGAAACACCUUAGCUUUCAACAAGUUCUUAUUGGUUCAGAAGCUCUUCAGAAUCUUAUCUCGGGUUGCAUUCUUCUUGAGACAUUGAAUUUAUCGUAUUAUGAUAGCUUAGAACUUACAAUUUGUUCACCAAAUCUAAAGUUUUUAAUCUUGGAAGGUUGUAAGUUUGACAAGUUUCUUGGAAACAUACCUUCUCUUCAAAGGCUCAUUGGUAGAAGUUACUUUACAGAAUAUAUGAGUAUAGGUAACAACACCUUUGGAAAAACAGAGAUGAAGUAUGAACAGCUUAAGUUUAUUGAGCUCUCUCAAGUAAGCUUUGAGCACAUGAAAGAAUUAAAAGUGGUUCUUCGAUUGAUUCUAAAUUCUCCAAAUCUUGAAGAACUUCAAAUUGCAGGUUCAUCGAAUUCAUCAUCUGCAAGAGAAGCUCCGGAUUUGGAUUUUUGGGAGAAAGAAUGCGAGUUUGACUCCAAAUUUGAACAUUUGAAGAUGGUGAAAAUGAUGGAUAUGUCUGGAGUUCCACAUGAAAUUGGAUUCAUAGGAUUUAUGCUUGGAAAUUCACCUGUUCUUGAGACUAUGAGCAUCAUCCCAAGUGUGUAUAUGACUGAGGACAGAUUAAUGUUUUUGAUUGAGUUAACAAAGUUUAAACGAGCAUCACCAGAAGCUGAAAUGAUAUUUGUUCAAGAUUAGGGGUAAAUCUUGUCCAUUUAUAUGAAUUUCUCAAUCUCUUAUGACUUGCAUUUUCAUCUAACAAGUUCCAACCUUAGUUCCAAAGCGUGUAAUUACUAUUUGAAAUUUUUUAAGGAUGUUACAUGU